GAAUGUCCCCUGAGGUUUUAUCAAAGAUGUUGAAUAUCAUCCUCAUGAAAUAGGCGAACUACAGAAAACACAUGGCAUUUCUAGAAAUCCUCAGAACCAUUUAUAAAUUCAUUCAGUAAUGAAAUUACUCUCUUCAUCAUCUUCAAUUUCAAUUUCACUCUUCCCAUCUCUCUCUCCACCCUCCAGAAAACCCUCCACCAGAAUCUCAAUCCGAUCAUCGUUAUCAGCCACAAUGGAAGGAGCAGAAGAGGAGAAAAAAAGAGUGAUUGUUUGCGGUGGAGGAGUAAUCGGAGUCUGUACAGCUUUCUUCCUCGCCAAAAAGGGAGCUAAAGUUACCUUAAUUGAGAAAUCAUCCAUAGCUUGUGCAGCAUCAGGUAAAGCCGGUGGAUUUCUUGCCCUAGAUUGGUGUGAUGGUAGAGCCAUUUCUAAAUUAGCUCGUACAAGCUUCAAUCUCCAUCGAACACUCUCUCUUGAACUCAAUGGUUCUGAAUCUUACGGGUAUCGUCCUCUUGAUACACUCAGCCUCUCCAUUACAGAACAAGAUCAAUCUUCAUCUUCUAAAUCGAAGAUUCUUCCGAGUUGGGUUGAUGGUCCAGCGCGAAACCCUAAUACAAUCGGAACAGUUGAAACCACUGCACAGGUUCAUCCACAGCUUUUUACUCGAACUUUGCUUUCAUUUGCUGUAGCUAACCAUGAUUUGGAAGUUGUGAUCGGUGAGUUGGAACGAGUUGAAAUUGAUCAAGGACGAGUCCAAUCUGUUGUGCUUAAAGGCAAAGGAGUUAUUGAAACGGAUUCGGUGGUUUUAGCUUUAGGUCCAUGGUCAUCUCGUUUGUCAAUGAUUUCUUCUCUUUUCAAUGUCUCUGCUCUCAAAGCUCAUAGCAUAGUUUUGAUACCGAAAGAUCCAACUGCAGUUACUCCUCAUGCCUUGUUUCUCACUUACAAAGCUGCAAAUGGAGGUGAACCGAUGGAUCCUGAAGUCUAUCCUAGACCUACAGGGGAAGUGUAUGUAUGUGGAAUGUCAGCGAAGGGUGAAGUUCCAGAUAAUCCAGAGGAAAUAAUGGGAGAUCCAGAAUCGAUUAAAGUAUUGAAAAGGGUUGCUGGAACUGUAUCAAGUCAUUUGAAAGAAGGAGAAGUUGAAGUGAAAGCUGAACAAGCAUGUUUUUUGCCACUUACUGAUGAUGAUAAGCCAGUAAUUGGGGAAAUGCCAAAUGUUAAAGGAUGUUAUGUUGCAACUGGACAUAGUUGUUGGGGUAUAUUGAAUGGACCUGCUACUGGUGCUGCUAUGGCUGAACUUGUUCUUGAUGGUGUCUCUAGUAUUGUUGAUCUUACUCCUUUUAGUCCUGCUAGAUUUGUUAAGAAGUACUAGGCCAAAGCACAAGUAGUAAUGAAUGAUGGUCAUGGAUGUACUCGUAAAACAAAAAUAAUAAUGUGAUUGGAGCUGGUUCAUUUAUAGAGAAAGAUGUCUAGUAUGUAUUGUAUCCUGCAACUCACCAUUCUAGUUCCGCAUUACAUUUGGAGAUGAAAAUAACGAGUUAUAUUGAUCUCUUAAA